UGAGGCCUGACUUUUUUCAAUAAAACAUUGUGUUACUUCUGGGCCUCCUAUUACCCUGGCUGUUUCCCCAGUGCCAAUGGAAGAAGACAGAACUGAGUCCAGGCUCAGAGCUGGCUCCCCAGAGACUGUGCCCUUUCCGGUCAUCUCUGGCCACCCCCAUUGGCCAGACUGCCCCUCCCACUAGUCCUGGGACCCUCCCACUGCUUACCAGAUAAGACCCAGCCCAGGUCUGCUUCAGUGGGCAAUAGGCACUAGGGUUGGAAUGGGGCCGCUCUGCUCCCCAUGGCAGUGGGUGCUGUUGCUGGGGUUGCUGUCCCCUCCUGCCACCCCCUUCUGGCUUCUCAAUGUGCUCUUCCCCCCGCACACCACGCCCAAGGCUGAGCUCAGUAACCACACACGGCCCGUCAUCCUCGUGCCUGGCUGCUUGGGGAAUCAGCUGGAAGCUAAGCUGGACAAACCAGACGUAGUGAACUGGAUGUGCUACCGCAAGACUGAGGACUUCUUCACCAUCUGGCUGGAUCUCAAUAUGUUCCUGCCCCUGGGGGUGGACUGCUGGAUUGACAACACCAGGGUUGUCUACAACCGCAGCUCUGGGCAUGUGUCCAAUUCCCCUGGUGUACAGAUUCGUGUCCCCGGCUUUGGCAAGACCUACUCUGUUGAGUACCUGGACAAAAAUAAGUUGGCAGGUUACAUGCACACACUGGUGCAGAACCUGGUCAACAAUGGCUAUGUGCGUGAUGAGACCGUGCGGGCCGCCCCCUAUGACUGGCGGCUGGAACCCAGCCAGCAGGGAGAGUAUUACCAGAAGCUUGCUAGGCUGGUAGAGGAGAUGCAUGAGACCUACGGGAAGCCUGUCUUCCUCAUUGGCCACAGCCUUGGCUGCCUGCACCUGCUCUUCUUCUUGCUGCAACAGCCCCAGUCCUGGAAGGACCGAUUCAUCGAUGGCUUCAUCUCUCUUGGGGCUCCCUGGGGUGGCUCCAUCAAGCCCAUGCUGGUCCUGGCUUCAGGUGACAACCAGGGUAUCCCAAUCAUGUCCAGCAUCAAGCUGAAAGAGGAGCAGCGUAUGACAACCACCUCUCCCUGGAUGUUUCCGUCCCAAAUGGCAUGGCCUGAGGACCACAUAUUCAUUUCCACACCUAGCUUCAACUACACAGGCCGUGACUUCAAGCGCUUCUUUUCAGACAUGCACUUUGAAGAAGGCUGGUACAUGUGGCUACGGUCACGUGAUCUGCUGGCAGGGCUCCCAGCCCCUGGGGUGGAGGUCUACUGCCUAUAUGGCAUGGGCCUGCCCACGCCCCACACCUACAUUUAUGACCAUGGCUUCCCCUACACGGACCCUGUGGCUGCGCUUUAUGAGGACGGUGACAACACAGUGGCCACACGCAGUACUGAGCUCUGUGCCCGCUGGAAGGGCCUUCAGUCCCAACCUGUGCACCUCCUGCCCCUGCGUGGCACACAGCACCUCAACAUGGUCUUUAGCAAUCACACACUGGAGCACAUCAAUGCCAUACUGCAGGGUGCCUACCGUAGUGGCUCCCCUGCACCCUCUGUGACCAGCCCAGGACCCCUGUCUUCUGAAUAAAUCUUCUUUGCU